UUCAUGAUCGGUGGAUGGAGGAUGGAGGAUGCGAGAGCUGAAUGAUUGGGACCGUGAUAUUGCUGAUGUUUGACUGCUGCUCCCCUGCGGUUCAAUCCUGAGCAGUGCUAACAUACACUGAACGUGUGACCUGAUUUGUACCAUGGAGCCCAAACCUGACUGCUGCCCUUCAUCCGUGCCCAACUCUCAGUGUGAACUGAAGCUCAACAUCUACGAGACCAUCAGUGAGGGGAAUGUGAAUAAGCUGGAGAGCUCAGCGCUGGUGCACGCCGGCAGCGACCCGAGCUCCUACCCCUUAUCCAAACGCCAGAGGUUCAUCCGCAGGAGCCUGUGGUUCACUGAUAAUGAUGAGCACCAGGCAGACGAUUGUGCCAUGGAGUGUGAGGAGCAGAAUAAGAUGCUCAGCAUUAACCUGCGGACCGUUGUGGACCGUUCUCUGGCUGUCCGGUCCAGUUUACCAGAAGGAUCGGGCAUGGAGAGCCAGACGGCUCAGAAAGACCUGGACAGCACCAUCGCAGACAAGAAGAAGGAGAGAAUGGACCCCAAAACGGACAUGACAGAUGGAGUUAAGAAUAACAUUAAGGCGGCCAGUGAGGAGAACGAGGAGGAGGCUGAGAUGAAGGCUGUGGCCACAUCUCCCGGUGGACGCUUUCUCAAGUUUGACAUCGAGAUCGGCUGCGGCUCCUUUAAGACGGUCUACAAGGGCCUGGACACGGACACCUGGGUGGAGGUGGCCUGGUGUGAACUUCAGGACCGUAAGCUGAUGAAGGUGGAGAGGCAGCGCUUUAAAGAGGAGGCUGAGAUGUUGAAGGGUCUCCAGCACCCAAACAUCGUGCGCUUCUAUGACUUCUGGGAGUCUCCGCUGAAGGGGAAGAAGUGCAUUGUGCUGGUGACAGAGCUCAUGACGUCAGGCACGCUCAAAACGUAUCUGAAGCGCUUCAAGGUGAUGAAACCCAAAGUGUUGCGCAGCUGGUGUCGUCAGAUCCUCAAAGGCCUGCACUUCCUGCACACACGCACUCCUCCCAUCAUCCACCGGGACCUGAAGUGUGACAACAUCUUCAUCACGGGACCCACGGGCAGCGUGAAGAUUGGGGACCUGGGUCUGGCCACGCUCAAAAGAGCCUCCUUCGCCAAGAGUGUGAUCGGUACGCCGGAGUUCAUGGCCCCAGAGAUGUAUGAGGAGCACUACGAUGAGUCGGUGGAUGUCUAUGCGUUUGGCAUGUGCAUGCUGGAGAUGGCCACGUCUGAAUACCCAUAUUCAGAGUGCCAGAACGCCGCUCAGAUCUAUCGCAAGGUCACCAGCGGGGUGAAGCCUGCCAGUUAUAAUAAGGUGAUGGAUCCUGAGGUGAAAGAGAUCAUUGGCGAGUGUAUUUGUCAGAAUAAGGAGGAGCGUUACUCCAUCAAGGACUUGCUGAAUCACGCGUUCUUCGCGGAGGACACCGGCGUGAGGGUGGAGCUGGCGGAGGAGGAUGACGGCUUGAAGAUGUGCAUUGCGCUAAAGCUGUGGGUGGAGGACCCCCGCCGGCUGAAGGGCAAGUACAGGGACACAGGAGCCAUCGAGUUCAGCUUCGACCUGGAGAAGGAGGUCCCUGAGGCCGUGGCACAGGAGAUGGUGGAGUCUGGUUUCUUCCAUGAGAGCGAUGCAAAGAUAGUGGGCAAGUCUCUGCGUGACCGAGUGGCUCUGAUCAAGUGGCGGAGGGAGAGGACGGUGCCCAGGGCCUCACAGGCCGCGCUGGGUGGGACGCUACCCAUCCUCUGUGAACCGCCUGGUCUGCUGGAGCCUGAAGAGCCGGAGGUGGAUCAGCGUGUCCACGUGUGCCCGCUCAGUGCCAGGACCACCUCCACCACAUCUGACAGUGGCAUCGGUUCACCAGUGUACUCGGACCCCCGCUGCAGAGGUCUACACAGUGUCAUGUACCAGUCACUACAGGAAUCUGUCUCCACGGCAACCCAGGAGGGUGCACGUCGUGAAAGCUCUUCUGUAAAUGAGUUAAUCAGAAGUCCCGAGUGUCUCCAUUUCCUUCUCCGACCCAUGAGUCCUUCCUCCAUUCAAAUACCACAAAACCAAUCAGAGAUGACAGAAGAUGCACACGGAAGUUACUGCUCCGGAAAUUUGCUGUGUGCUCCUUGGCCUGUUACGACUCGUUGCUAUAGUGACACAUCAGUUGGGCCAUCCUCUGAGACGACAGGGGAGGAGUCUGCCUCCAGGUCAACACAGAGGCGUCGGCUUUCUUUAAGCCCCACCCCUCACCAGCCGCCGUCCCCAUGUCAGGCCUGCCCAUCGGUAUUCCUGCUUGGGACAUGUGCAGAUGGAAGACAUUCACCCUAUUCUUCAUUUAUGCUUCCUCACACCCCUGAUGUCCACAAGAGCUUCUUCAGUGAGACCUCUGACCUCUCCCAGCUUAACAAAUCUCUGGAGAGCAUCACAGGCCACAAACAUCAGCCUGCUCCUUCCUUCCUCAGAGCCCUGCCGAUGAAGUCCGAAAGAGGGCAGUACCGGUCUGCCCGCAGCCACAGUGAUGAGGGCCAUGCCGUGGAGCCGCCUCAUGAUGACCUGACAUCCCGUCGCAGAGCCAGUUUUUGUGCUGGCGUGUCUUCUGUUCUGAGAGUCCAAAGCCAGGCUGCACCGGCCGCAGCUCAGCACAUGCAGAUGUUCACUCCUGCCUCCCCAGAGAUCCCCGCGCAGGCCACCGGACAGAUUCUGUCCACUCUCCAGCCACUGGCACUUCUGCAGGGCGUCUCGACUGCACCACAAACAGUGAAUCCAGAGCAGCUCAUGUCUACAAAUCAGACAGCGGAGUCGAAUGUGCAGGCCCAUGUGCACCGACCUGUAGCAUUGCAUCAGCCUGCCUCCGUGCCACAGACUGCCACGCGUCCGAGCCACCAUCUUGCCACAGCAGAGCUAGCCAAUGCACAGACACUUCCACCCAUGCAGCAAACUGAACUCAGUCUCCCAUCUAAAACAGAAGCAGCUCUGCUUGCAGAUCAGAGUUUUCAGAGCGGAGCAUCUCAAACACCCGUGUUACAACAUUUGCAGCAACCAUCUGUGAGUGCCACAACAGAUGGGCAACACAGCGACUUCUCAAAUGUGCAGCAAACUGCUCCUUUGCAUUUGAGCCAGUCAGGCCCUGCACCACCUGUCCCACAGCUGAUGGACAGCUGGCAGCAAGUAGGUCAGUCCACCUCCAGUCUGUUGACACAAACCAUUCCACCUUCACAGGCACCAGCUUACCUCACACAGUAUCCUUCUCUUAACACAGCUCAGUCAUUUAGGAGCCCUCUUCCUGGAUGUGACUCACAACCUGCCUGCUUUCUCCCUGUGCAGUCAUCCCUCAGUCUGCCUGUCCCGACACACCCCGACAUCUGGCCAGUGUCAUGUUCGCAGAUAGAGAGCUCUGCGUUAACCCAGUACCCCCACCGGUCCUCCACCUCCCCUAUACCCACUCAAUGUCCCGCUCCAGUUCCCACAAUGCACCAGUAUCAGCAGGCUUACUCUGUUGCUCAGCAGCCCGCUGUAAACUCCAUGGAAACUCUCUCCCAACAUUCCCACAGUCAGGCCACACCCACAGUGCUCCACCCCUCUAUAAACCCUGCCUCUAUGUGUGUCAGAGUCCCUCCCACUAAACAAGCUCCGCCCACCCAGGGAACCUUGACCAGCCCGCACCAAACUGUUCAUGUGGACCAGAACUGUUCCAGUAUAUCUGAUCACUACCGUGUCUCUCAGAUGAUGACACACUUGACUCCAGCUCCUGCCCAGAGCUCCCACAGCAACCAUGAUGUACCUCAGCCUCCCACAGUACAGCAGCUCUCGCCCUUCAGACCUGUCCUCAACACAUUCAGCUCUGCUGUUCCCGUGGACCAAAACCAGCCUCUUCAGCAUGUCAGCCAAGCAUCUUUACCCACAAUCCCUCAUGCAGGAGUCAGUGCCAGCCUGAGUCAGCAGAAGCAGCUGGGCAGUGGAAGUGUUCCUCCAGCACAGCAUCAGCAGCACAGCACCAGAGGAUGUGGAGGAACCUCCACUGGAAUAUUCACGGAGGUUCAUGUUCUUGAUAAACAGACAGCACCAGAUGGAUCCAUUCAUGACAGUAUAAACACAGAUGCCACGUGCAGUAAAGAGAUGAGCGAGGGGAACGAGGCUUCCAGCAGGGCUCGCAGUGAAUCACGAGUGCGAAAACUCAAUCGCACACUAUCCCGCACACGCUCCCGCCAAGACAAGAUUAACAGACCUAAACUCACCAUGAUCAAAGUGUGUGACAAAGGAGACAAGAUGGUGGAGUGCCAGCUGGAGACUCAUAAUCAUAAGAUGGUGACAUUCAGAUUUGACCUUGAUGGAGAUGCUCCGGAGGAGAUUACCACAUAUAUGGUUGACAAUGAGUUUAUUCUGUUGCUGGAGAGGGAGAUGUUCAUCGAGCAGCUGAAGGAGAUCAUGGAUAAAGCAGAGAACAUUCUGAACGAGGACGGUGAGGGCGAGAAGGUGUCUGUCCAGAACUCACUGCUCCGUCAGAUGCUCGUCGCAGCAGACUCCAGCCCACAGGACACAACUACUUCCUUUCCAGAGUCCAGACCCACAAUAACGUGUUUUCAGAGCUCACUGUCAGCAGACGGGACAGCACAGUGCCUGUCCUCUGACACAGAAGAGGAGGAUCAGAGCCAGACUCUGUCUGUUAAGCCCACAACUCCAGCUCCUGUUCUGUCAGAGUGCAGUGGUGGGGACUUCAUGAAGCGGGCGGUGGCAUUCUUCCGGCCCUCAGGUCACAGCAGCAGUGUCCAAAGCUCUGACUCACACACUUGUCCUCUGGUGAACGGACAUGCCCCGUCCGUUACUGGCCACGCCCACUCUGCUUACAUCAGCAGUGAUAAUGACUCUGAAUUUGAGGAUGCUGAUAUGAAACGAGAGCUGCAGAAGUUGAGAGAGAAGCACAUGAAGGAGAUCUCUGAGCUUCAGGUUCAUCAGAGAGGAGAGAUCGAGCAGUUGUACACUCGAUUAGCUCGACCGAUUCCUCCUGGCAUGGGCUUCUUGCAUGCAGUGCCACCUACAGGUCGCCGCCGCAGAGCCUCCAAACACAAGCUGAAGGGAAGCCGACUGCUCAAUCCCAUGGUGCAACAGCUUAGGAACAACCGAAGCAACAGUUCCACGGAGAUGUGCUCCAGUGUGUCGGGGUCAGUUCUGGGGAACAGCUCCAUGGGUUCCAGCACAGUCACGCUGAGCCUCGAGUCAGAACCACUGGAGCCGGUCCAGACUCAGCAGCCCUGCUCACUCAAGGGCUACAGCCCCACCACACACACACCACCCCGACAAGGGUCUCACAGUACUGGUGCUGCCCAUGUGACUUCAGCAUCCAAUCAGAUCCUGCCUCCCGCAGCCAUACCUGCUGCAUCCUCUCGGCCAAUCACAGCGCUCGUUCAGGCUCAAGCAAACAACAGCAACAACAAAAGCGGUACCUUCACAGAUGACCUACACAAGCUGGUUGAUGAUUGGGCAAAAGAAACUCUUGCCUGUGCCCCUCAGCUCCGCCCCUCUGUGUGUCAGAGUAGACCGCAGAGAUCUCAUCAGUCCUUCCAGACCAACCCCACUCCAAUGGCCAGAGUCCCCAGACAGAUAAGGGGAUCAGUCUCUCAGGGAUCUGGGAAGCUCCAUCUCCCACUGUCCUGUCCUCUGUCAGCAUCUCUGGGUCCCGUCAUGCCUCAUGGCUUCACCAGCACCCCAUCACCCAUCCUCCAGCAGGCCGGAUACUUGAUGCCAACCUCCCCCUAUGCUGGGAGGAUGCCAGCCCCUGUGAAUCCAAACCAGUGGUCCAGUUUGCCCAGUCCAGUGGGCAUGUUUGUCACGGCCGGUAUGGUCCCUUUCCCAGCCAUGGCCAGCCCAGCACUGCAGACUUUUCCUCUGGUGGUGAGAAGCCCAGACACCCCUGUGUGCCCCAGCACAGCCAGGACUGCAUAAGAGUUGUGUCAGUGCAGCUUUACAGAGACAAACUACAGGAACAUUGCUUGUCAAUGAUGCAAGAAGACAAUAACAGAGUCAUUUUUUAGCUAAAGUCAGAUUACAGGCACAUACAGGACAUUUUCUCUCUCAAAGCGGGAGCUCCUGCAACUCUCUAUAAAAUGUUUUUAAUUUGGAUUCAGGAUCAAACCACAAUCUCUGUGUGCUUUAGAUCACUGUUGAAAUGUAGAGGCUUCUGUACAAAGCCUUUGAGCCUGUAAAUAUGUGUGUAUGUGUGCAUGAGGAGUGUGUUUAUGUGUCAAAACAGUCAUGUGGGCACUCCGGGGAUUUUAUUUUUUGUAGCC